AGUGGAUAGUGUGAAAUUGAUUGCACAUCAGAUACAUCAUACAUGGAUCAUGAGGUCCUGGAGCGUAUACUUGAUGGAAGAGAAAAUCCGACAAAUCUAUCACUCUCACUUUUGAAGGAUAUCACCGAAAAUUUCUCAGAGGAUCGAGAAAUCGGCCAUGGUGGAUUUGCAACUGUUUAUAAGGGAGUGCUCCCGAAUGGGAACGUUGCGGUAAAGAGGAUAAAGAGCAGUCAUUCAAUCAAGGAGACAUUGUUUUAUCACGAAGUUGACAGCCUGUUGAACAUUGAACAUGAAAAUAUUAUACGGUUUCUUGGCUUCUGUGCUAGCACAGAUCAGACGGCAAUAAAAAUUGAAGGAUUGAAACAACAUAUUUAUGCCGAGGUACGAGAAAGACUACUCUGUUUUGAGUAUGUCAGCAAUGGAAGCCUGAGAAAGUAUAUUACAGAUGAAUUAAGGGGACUUAAAUGGGACACACGUUAUGAAAUAAUUAGAGGCAUUUGUGAAGGUUUGUACCAUCUGCACCAUGAAAAGAAAAUAUACCAUAUGGAUAUGAAACCUGAGAAUAUACUGCUAGACAAUGAUAUGGUUCCGAAAAUCACUGAUUUUGGUUUAUCGAGACUCGAUGAGAAGUCACAAACCAUGUGUGAAGUUCGUCUUGGAUCACUCGGAUACUGUGCUCCAGAAUACAUAAUUCAGGGAAAGAUGUCAUUCAAAUCAGACAUGUUCAGUUUGGGAGUUAUAAUUAUUGAACUAGUGACAGGACAAAAGGUGAUCCCCAAGAAUAAAAACAAUGUAUUUAGGAGAUGGAGGCACAGAUGGAGGAAAACAGGGAAGGAAACACAGUUGGUUUACCAACAAGUAUCAAAAUGCAUGGAAAUUGGGUUACUUUGUCAGGAAAUUGACCCGUCCAAACGACCUUUUAUAUGGGAUAUCAUAGAUGAUAUCAGACAAGAGGAAUGUGUCAAUGGGUCAAUUAGAAAUGUCUCUCAAUAUAAGUUUGGACAGACAAGCUCGUAUGCUCCCUUAGAAGUACAAGUUAUCUAUGGACUACUCUCCCUAGUUGUCUCCAUCUUAUGUUAUACACAAUGGUGGAGCUACAGUCCAGCCAGCCACGACAGCUGCCUGGGCUCUGGAGUGGAUCCUCAUUCAACCCACUGCAUUAAAUGAAGAACUAAUGAAUAUUUUCAAUGGGAAAAUGGUCGGAAGCCUUUGUGCUUUGUUGAAGCUCCCUCACCGAGUGGGCUCCAUCACUAGUUAUGCAACACAUAUAUCAUUUGUCCCAAAAAAUGUAACAUUUUUGUUCUUCUUUUUUCUUGCAGAUAAGCCCUUACUCGGAGGACGACGAUAUGCUUGGAAUUGACCCGCUCGAACUACAUUUUCCUUUCCAGCUUAACAAACAGAUGUCAUGCACCAUUCAGCUAACCAAUGAGACGGGCUCUUACAUUGCCUUCAACGUCGAACACAUGAACCCUCUGUCAUACUGUGCACAACCGCAGAAAGACAUUAUACCACCACGAUCCAAGUGUAAUGUCGAAAUAACAAUGCAACCGCAGGCCAAGGCACCGAGAGAUCAUACCAACGAAUUCACUGUUUGGAGCACCAAAGUGAAUGAUGGCCUUGCCAUUGAGGAUAUGGCUACAAUGAAGUUUAUUAAAGAGGCAGCCAACGUGGUUGAUGACGUGAAUUUGGAUGUGGUUUUUUACAUCAGUGAGCCACA